GAAGUUUUGAAAACUGUGACCUAGUAUUUUAGCACAUGUCAACAAAGUUUACAUUAUGUCAAAGGUGUUUGGCUGUUAGACAACUUUCAGAAUGAAUUCAGAUCAAGAAAAUUCUAAACCAUCUGUGUUUGAUCGUUUAUCAGAGGAUAUCAGCAAGCAUAAUGAAAAAUCUACACUGCAGAGAAUAUCGAAUGCUUCAGGUAUUUCAGUACAAAAUACGAAAUUUACUGGCAGGCCACAAAAGCAAUGUCAAGCACUCCAAUGGAGUAAAUCAAAACUUGGACAAACAAUAUUAUAUGGAAAAACAACACACCAACGACACCUAGAAACUAAGAUUGCAAACAUUGAAAGGCAAAAGUUACAGUCUAUUAGAAACAUGGAAUGGAAACAAUUAGAUGUGUUCAGAUCUCUGGCAAAUUCUAAAUUAAACGAUGUAAGAGAGAAAGAAAACAUCAGCGCAGCCUUUCAGUCUUCCAUUGACAGAAGAAAACGUCAGUUUAUGGCAGAACAAACAAGGAGUGGAGUUGUAAAUUUUCCGAGUUUGUCCUCAUCGCACUCGCUCGUAUCGAGUAGUGGAAACUUUACAAAUGUGCAAAAUGAAAAUCAGAAAAAGCAUUUAGGAGACUUGUGAUAAAUCUGCGAUGGUAUGACAACUAUCUGUGUUGAAUGCAUUUCGUAUACAUAUGCCAUCAUAUCAAAAUGUGCUUUAUAUUUCUCUUUCAUUCUAGACGGUAUUGUUCAAUAAUGCCACCAACAAUUUUUAUUGCAUUGCCCGCAACUAUUUUAUCUUGACCCUAUAUGACAUCGAUUAUCUAACACGGGUAAUAUAUAUCCUUUCUGAAUGUCUAAAUAAAUGUCAACAUUUUUUAAAUUCUUAUCAAAAUGACAAAAUAUUUCCGUAAGCUGGUUGUUUGUAGCCUACCAUCCACUAGUCAAUGCUACUUUAACAAAUUGUGAGUUGGAUGAACAGUUGUCUCAUUGGCACUCAAACCACAUCUUCAUAUCUAUAUAGAUAUAUAUAAAAUGUAUAACGAUUGAACAACAAAGACAAAAUUAAUGGACGCAACCAUAAAUCACCAUACAGCCUUUCAACAAUUAGAAAACCAAUACCAUUGAUUAAGCUUUAAAAUCCAGAAAAGACAAAUUAUAGAAUAAGUAAAACCAGAAACAAAACAUUCCUAUAAACGAAAAGCAACUAUGAAAGACAGCUGUCAACGACAUAAAGCUCAUAAAGAAUGAGGAGAGAAACAUGUUUGCGGGUACCCAUUUCUCCCUUCACCUACAUCAGAACAACAUACGAACAAACUUUAAAAAUCAAUUGAAAUAGGCUUUCCUCAACAAAUCAACACAAAGCACAAAGAUACAAAAAAAAACGACUCACCAAAAGACAACAAGCACCGACCUAAAAGUAAACAUAUUUCACAGAUCAAAAUAUGAAGCAGUACGCUCAUAAAAUUUAAGUGUAAAGACGCAAACAUUAAACAACAACUAUCAAAAUAAAGACAAAAAGCAUCGACCUUACACUACACACAGCUACAGAAAUAAAGUACAAAGCAAAACACAAUAUUGUUUACAGACUAAAAUGCAAACCUGUACACAUCAAAUGAGGAUAAAGGCGACAAAACAUGAACUAGUGUAAUAUCAAAAUAAAGGUAUCCACAUGGUAGAAACCUUCUACAUGUAAUAUGUAUUUCAUACCGAAAUGAAAUUUAAAAGAGACACGUGUUACUUUAUUCAGUAUGUAAUAUAUAUGCAAUAAACUAAUAGCUUUAGUUAAACAAUAAAAAAAAAAGCGCAAUUCAAAAAGUUCAAUAAAGAUUACAAUGUACAUGUUGCAAUAUGCAACGUAAAAUGAUUUCUUUUAUUCGAUUAUUUACAAAACACACAUAUGUUAUUGUGGAAAAUGCGCCCACCAUUAAGAACAGAAAAGGACAAUAGCACCCUUUCCGUAAUAUCGGAAGUUUUCCGACCUCGAUCUCCUAUAAUGGAAAUACGCAUGUAUUGUCAAAUAAUCAAUGGUCAUAUGAAACAUUUACAAUAUACAGCCUUUGUCAUUUUAUAACCUUACUGGUCUCUCGCGUUCAAGACCUUUACUAGGGGAAAGCAGUCACAUUAACAGUCCCGGAGUUCGUUGUAGUAAAACCACAUAGUAGUAUAACUUUUUAUUUAUAAAUUAUAGAAAUGCAGAUGGUAUCAAAGGAAUGCAACCCUAUUGUAUUAUCUCUUUUGGGUAAAUA